GACGCAAAGUGCACGUAGGCGGAGACAGCCUCUCGGCAGCAGCUGGGGUUUGCUCCACGCUUUAAGGUUCUGUUGACGCGGACCGGCGCCGGAGAGCUAGUGUGGUCCCUGCCUGCCUCCGGCUACGCCACUACCUCUCUUACGGGGCCGAGGGCGCCGUGCAGGCAGCGGCUACAUCGUUCCCAGCAGACUGAGAAAUGAGAAAAAUACCAAACCAUGGGACCCUGCGGAUGACGAAGGUGGCAUAUCCCCUUGGACUGUGCGUGGGCCUGUUCAUCUAUGUUGCCUAUAUCAAGUGGCACCGGGCCUCUGCUGCCCAGGCCUUCCUCACCAUUGCUGGGGCUGCUUCGGGGGCACGGUGGACCCAGCAGGCCUUCAGCUCCCCAGGCUCAGCUACGCAUGGUCAUGAGGUCUUCUAUGGGAUCAUGUUUGAUGCUGGCAGCACUGGCACCCGCAUCCAUGUCUUCCAGUUCGCCCGGCCACCUGGAGAAACUCCCACCUUGACCCAUGAAACCUUCAAAGCACUCAAGCCUGGACUUUCUGCUUAUGCUGAUGAUGUUGAAAAGAGUGCUCAGGGGAUCCAGGAGCUUCUGAAUGUUGCUAAGCAACACAUUCCAUAUGACUUCUGGAAGGCCACCCCUCUGGUUCUCAAGGCCACAGCUGGUUUGCGCCUGCUGCCGGGAGAAAAGGCUCAGAAGUUGCUGCAAAAGGUGAAGGAGGUGUUCAUGGCCUCACCCUUCCUCGUAGGGGAUGACUGUGUUUCCAUCAUGAACGGCACAGAUGAAGGUGUUUCGGCAUGGAUCACUGUCAACUUCCUGACAGGCAGUCUGAAAACCCCAGGAAGCAGCAGUGUGGGCAUGCUGGAUUUGGGCGGAGGAUCCACUCAGAUCACCUUCCUCCCACGUGUCGAGGGUACCCUGCAGGCCUCCCCACCUGGCCACCUGACAGCACUGCAGAUGUUUAACAGGACAUACAAGCUGUAUUCCCACAGCUACCUGGGGCUGGGACUGAUGUCGGCACGACUGGCUAUCUUGGGUGGUGUGGAGGGGAAACCUGCUGAGAAUGACAAGGAACUGGUCAGCCCCUGUCUGUCCCCUCGGUUCAGAGGAGAGUGGGAGCAUGCGGAGGUCACCUAUAGAAUUUCAGGACAGAAGGCAGUGGGCCUCUAUGAGCUGUGUGCCAGCAGAGUGUCAGAAGUCCUCCGAAACAAAGUGCACAGGACGGAAGAGGCGCAGCACGUGGACUUCUAUGCGUUUUCCUAUUACUAUGACCUUGCAGCCAGCUCUGGCCUUAUAGAUGCAGAGAAAGGAGGCAGCCUUGUAGUUGGAGACUUUGAGAUAGCAGCCAAGUAUGUGUGCCGCACUCUGGAGACACAGCCACCAAGCAGCCCCUUCGCCUGCAUGGACCUCACCUACAUCAGCCUGCUGCUCCACGAGUUUGGUUUUCCUGGAGACAAGGUGCUGAAGCUGGCUCGGAAAAUUGACAAUGUUGAAACCAGCUGGGCUCUGGGAGCUAUUUUUCAUUACAUCGACUCCCUGAAGAGACAGAAGGUUGCUGCCUUGUAGCAGCCGAGCCCUCGUCCCCGCUCUGACCCAAAGUCCGAGGCUCCCAGCUCCAUGGACCCCUGUCUUGGAAGUGACGCCGUCCUUGAGGAGCCUGCAUCUGGCCGAGACCCUCUGUGCCUGCAGUGUCAGCUGCAGACUUGCCUGGGACAUGGCCUGGGCCAGGGCAGAAAUGCUGCCUGGCUUGAGGCCGUCUCCCUGCCUUACCUCCAAGUGGGCAGGGAGCCAGGUGGGGCCCAGGGUCCACGCUAAGGUAGAGACGCAGGCCUGGUCUCAGCCCGUCCGUGUGCAGAGUUGUGGCUGCUUUUAUGUGUUUCUGUGAUAUGAGUUUUGUUUGUUUCCCAGUCCCUGUUCCCUCCUGAGCCAGGCCUCUCUGCCUUCCCAGAGUUGUGGGAGAUGAAGUAACCCGGCCCAGACACAGUGCAACCUGGAGGGGAGCACAUCUUGAGUGGGGCCAUCUUUUCCUCAGGAUAGACAUGUGAAGUUACCUGGAGAUUUGCUGUCCCGUCUUUGAAUGGCAUAGCAUUAAUUUAUGUGGAGACACUGAAUAGGAAAAAGAUGGCGCAGUGCCUCUUUACAGACCCAGUGUGCCACCUUUGCAGAACUUGUGAGUGUGAGCAGAGCUAUGAGAAUGUUCAGGGCCGUGUGCUCAAGUACUACCUUGUGAGCUAGGAGUGCUUUACGUUAAAACUGAGCCCCUCUUCUGGACACAACUAUGUCCCAGUGAAUGUAUGACUGCUAUGAGCCAUUUGCAGACCAGUGGGGCAGAUUAGAAAGCUCAGCCCUGGAACCAUACUACCCCUCCCCCUAUCGUCCUCACUUGGCUGCAGCUGGCUUCCCCGUGGUCCCUCAGUGAAUGUACAGUCCGUAGAAUAAGCUGAGCCACCACUGUUCAACUCGAAAUAAAGGUUUACAAGGGUU